AUGAGGGCCGCCCUGAGCGCUCGAGGGGGGUCGUUUAGACUUUGGGGUCACCUGCGGGGCCUACCUCGGCGCCAGCUGUGCCUGGUACUCUUUGUUAUGGUCGUGGCUUUCAAGCCCUCUGCUUCAGAUGAAGGCCUUUCAACAGAACUAGAAAAAAAAACCGAGUGGAGUUCCAGAACAGAAGCCCUUGAAUCAACCCAUAUCCCAGCAGGAGCCUCUCUCAGCCGUUCCUUCUUUAGAUAUUUUCUCGACCCUCUCUCCCUCGCUUCAUCUUUUUCUGAGAUUUCCACCAGAAAGGAUAAAUACUGGCAGGCUUACACGGCCAAAGGCCCUCAGUUAUCAGCUGAGAGCACUGGCUCAAGUAGCCGAGCGUUAACGUUCAUGCAGGCUUAUCCGAAUGGCGCAUUACAGAAAACACCAGCAAAAAGUCCUGAAGGACCUGAAGCACGUAGAGAGGAGGCGAGCGUCUCCACCUUUGUCCCGCGUCUCCUUCAAGAUAUUCCCUCACCACGACGGCCACGGAACGUUGAUUCAGUUAGCAGAACAACAAACAAUACCCGACAGACUUCAGCAACCCAAACCCGGCAACCUACGGUGCCUACAACGACAACAAAAAGAGAGGUGACAACGACAACAACAAAGUCAACAACCACGCUUCCUCCUCUUCAAGGCUGGAAGGAAGUCGAGGAAGGCCCCUUGGAGGCUAUGAAAAAUGAACCCGACCUCACUCUCCUCACGAAGGCCAUGGAGUCCAAUCCCUUAACUAAGGGUGACUCCAUUAUCACCCGGUUGGCAAUCACGCUUUUCGCACCCACUGACGAAGCACUUUCAAAACUUGACGUCAAAAUGGAUGACUUGGCUAAGAUGAACUGGAUGCCUCGAAAAGAGUGGGUCGAAGAAAUGAUCGUCAUGACGCAUCUGGUGGCCCCUCGUCUUAUAGACCCACGGGAAAUAACGACAGAAGAGUCUGUGUUCCAAACGCGCAGCAACCAAGUGUUGAAGAUAUAUCGAGCUGGCCCUCCUGACCCGAAGCCCCCUGCAGACAAUGGCAACGAAAACAAUUCAAAAACAGAGAAAAACGGCGAACAAGAAGCACACCAAGCCAGUCGCAGCAGUUCCUCCGGUGAUCGACCCAAAUUGCGCAGUGGGCCCUCCAGCAGAGGAGACGGUGAUCGUGAGGGGAGCGGCUCUGCUGCUUCUUCAAGAAGAACAGGGAGAACGCGGAGCGCGUUGGGAAGCGAGAUAACUGCAUUGGAGGAAGGGGAGAACGCUACAGCUUCAGGCAUUGACCGACAUCGUAGCCCCCGUAGACGCACAGCCGAAAACGCACAGGAGGCAGAAAACGACCGUGAAGACGAGAAAAAGGCGGAGGAACAUCCAGAAACCGAAAACAGAAGCGAUAGGAGGAAAUGGCGCCGCACAUCAGGUGACCCUCGCAAACGGAGGGAAAGUGAAGAGGAAGAAGAAGAGGAGGAAGCAGACGCAGCAGCGGACAGCCUUGAAGAGGAAGCAGAGCGUGGAAGAACCACAAAGCAACACUCUCAAGAUGUAGACAGUGAUGAAUACAGUGACAGAGAGCCUACACAUGAGAGUGAUGAUGACGAGGCGGACAGAGAGGAAAAGCCCCGAAGGAGCACAAGCGCGAACAGCCAACGCCGAGGCCGCUCCUCGUCCCCACGCUCACGUUCAACACAGAGAAUUAGUGAAGAUACCCCAGAAACAGAAGACGAAGAGGAGGAAGACUAUGAAGAGGAAGACUAUGAAGAGAGGGAGGUCAGAACCUCGACCAGGCGGCCUCAACGACAGCGGGGGCGGUCGUCUAGUUCACCACCUGCAACUGCUCAGGAGGGGGAGGCUGCAGACGGAGACAUUGUUGAGGGAGACCUAAGUGAGGACGAAUUCGGAGAGGAGGAGGAUGAUAGAAACAACAGAUAUAAUGCAAAUAGUGACGUGAAGGAGGAGAAAGACGAGGUGGAGAACAGGAGAGACAAAGGCAAUCAAGAAGAUGACGAAGAAGUGCAAGGCGAGAUGAGAAAGAACGAUGAGAGUGAAGAAGAGGAGGAGUGGGAGGAGGAGCAGGAGAAGAAGUGGCAAAGGAACGAGCACAGUGACACCGAAGCAGAAGCGGAAGAGGAAAAGGAGAACAAAAAUAAUAAGAAUGGUGACAAUGGGGACGAAGAGGAGGAAAAUGAGCAAGACAACAGAGACCGUCCAGCUACACCAACUCAAAUUGACAGAAGGGCAAGGGAGGAAGCGGGAGAGUCAGAAGACCAGGACUAUCAUUUAGAGGCUAUAAUGCAAGACGAUGAUGAAGCCAAUGAUCCAACGGAGCAAGGCGAAGAGAGGCAGAACCAUGGUUUGGAUUCGGAAACCCAAUCCACUGCCAGCACAACCAUAGGCCCUCAAGACUCUCGGAGUCGCUCAUGGAGGACAAAGCGGCAAGAAGAGACGUCCACCACACUUUUAGGGGAUGAGGAGAGAAUUGGCGGAGGCCACUCUACUGCGCCGGACUACCGUUUCUCCCGGAGGACAACAGUGCUAUCUGCCGCCCCUCGAGAAGAGGAGGAAAGAGGAGAUGAUAGCAUUGACGAGGCCUUUACAGAAGGAGACGAUGAGCGUCGGAAUGCCGACUCUCAGUGGAGAACUCGUCCUUCUUUAGGGCGCAGCAGGACAGCGGGUUGGCACUCCAGGAGCUCACCUCCCUAUAUUGCUUCUGGAGGGGAACAUCGCACACGGGUGAGAAGGGAUCAUUCGUCAAGGCAUACUUCAGAAGAGGAGGCAGGAGAUUCCCCCACAGGAACGAAUGGCAGGGUAUCGGGGUGGGAUCCACGGCUGAGACGAAGGGAGCCCUCCUUCGAAGGAACUCUCCAACAAGCCACUCGACAAGGUCAACAGGCCCAUAGGCGCUUUGGAGGUUCCUUCACAGGGAGCAGGUCUGGGCAAUAUCCGCCACCGGAGAGAGGGGGAAUUCUUUCGUGGACCGCUGACAGGACAGCCAGCAGAGAUGAAAGUGAAGAUGAAGAUGCAGAAUGGAUAGUAGGAGGUGGCAUGCUGCGACGACGGUUAAGCGAGGAGCGGAGCACCAGCAGCAUUACCUACACCUCUGCACCCAUCCCCUCCCUUACCAGCUCAAAAGGCAGCAGUUUCAGGUUUUCUACGGUCAGUAGCUUCUCACCAGGUCUUGGCAGGAACGGGACCAAGGAAGAAACAUCUUUGGAGCCUUCACACACACAACAUCUCCCAGAGGCAGCGACUUCAAUGACCCUUGCUGCACGAUAUUCACCCUCCCAGCAUACCAGCAGUGGAAGCAGCAACCACAGCAGUAGCAGCAGCAUCAGCAGCAUCCGCAGCAUCAGCAGCAGCAGCACGAGGGGGAGGAACAGCAGCAGCUCCUCUAGUACAGCUACUGCGGUAACAUCAAAGGUAACGGUUGGUGCCCAGAAGUCUACGGAGCCUGAUGAGGACAGGCGCACGACAGCGGCGGAUCUGCGGCUCUUUACCAUCACCACAACUCCAACCCCAAAAGACCAAACAGGCACCACUCCCAGCAUCUCCAGCACGGAGCUCCUGCGACUCCCCAGCCGGUACACCUUGCCAGCUGCAACAACGACGGAGGCAGAGGCCUUUAUACUUUCGCUGAUCAGCAAUAUCAGCACCGCAGAGGCAAACACACUGAGCUCGUCACGGCAUACAGAGAAUACCCAGAGCUCACCAGCUAAGCCGAAGCAGAACGGGUCCAUCACCCAAGCGACGCAGGCAGCAUCCCGCAGCUCCAGUGCCCUCCCUAUCGCUAUAGGUACAACACUCACAUCCCAGCCUCCGCAGUUUCACUCAAGCAUACGGCACCAACGCCGCACUGCAGAAGAUCGGGAAAACCGAUUUGCUACCUCACCAAAAACGCAAAGUUCAAAAGUAAGUACGCCCACGACUCCGUCCCCAGACACAGCUCCACUUUGGUCCACUGCAGCCCGCAGGUCAGUAGGGUCAGAAAGUGGCAACUUGAGCACCACUACUCGUGCUAAAAGGGAAAAGAACACUCUAACAUCUCCGGAGCUUGGAACUUCAACCAAGCAUCCCAAACGCAUAGAGGACUACGCAAUUCAUAGACAUGCCACCACAAAGCCACACGCGACACCCACACUAAGGGAAUACCACGAUGCCAGAUCGAGCUCCUUCACUCGACCUCCAAGGGGAGGCACUACACUGACAACAUCCGCAUCUAGGCGGCGGUCAGCCACCGAUGCGGAGGAGGGAGACGAAGAUGCGGAUGAUAGUAGUGAGAGACCAAGCACAACUGCAGCCCGCACGUCGCGGGGAUCCCAAGCUGGCAGACCGAGCUCCUCCACUCGACCUCCAAGGGGCGGCACUACACUGACAACAUCCGCAUCUAGGCGGACAGCCACCGAUGCGGAGGAGGGAGACGAAGAUGCGGAUAAUAGUAGUGAGAGACCAAGCACAACUGCAGCCCGCACGCCGAGGGGAUCCCAAGCUGGCAGACCGAGCUCCUCCACUCGACCUCCAAGGGGAGGCACUACACUGACAGCAUCCGCAUCUAGGCGGACAGCCACAGAUGCGGAGGAGGGAGACGAAGAUGCGGAAGACAGGAGUGAGAGACCAAGCACAACUGCAGCCCGCACGCCGAGGGGAUCCCAAGCUGGCAGAUCGAGCUCCUCCACUCGACCUCCAAGGGGAGGCACUACACUGACAGCAUCCGCAUCUAGGCGGUCAGCCACCGAUGCGGAGGAGGGAGACGAAGAUGCGGAAGACAGGA